AUGUUCAAGUGUUUGUCUAGAAAAUUAGAGAUUGCCAAUAGACCUUAGAUUUAUAGAUUAAGCAAGGGGAAAUACAAAGAAGAAGAACUAAUUGAUGCAGGUGGGUACUCUCAGAUUUGGAAAUGUGAAGGGUUUGCAAUAAAGAGGAUGCUGAUUCAUUCUUAAGAAACAUACUUGAUGGCAAAGUAGGAGAUUAAUGUUAUGGUAUUGAUAUAAGAAUGAAUAAGAAGAAAAGUUUACCCGAACACCCAAACAUAGUGAAAUUGAUUGAUUAUGGGGAAGUAAAGAUUCAAAAUAAGCUGUUCUUUUGCAUCGUGAUGGAGUUGUGUGAAAUGAACUUAUAAGCAAUGCUGACGUAAGAGAUGUUAACGGAGAGAAGAAUAAUAGAAAUAUUUAAAUAGAUUCUGGAUGGAUUAGAAGUAUUACAUGCAGAAUAGAUUAGUCAUAGAGAUUUGAAGUUGGAAAACAUAAUGAUCAGACGAGGUACUUGCAAGAUAUGCGAUUUUGGGUCAGCAUCAAAUGAGAUUAUUGAUCUGAACCUGUUGGGUUAGACUCAAUUGAGUU